GAGGGCAUGGAGGAGUACUUGGACAAGGGCAUGCAGAAAUAUCCAGAGGCCAUGAUCGCCGCUGCGGUCGUUCAAGGAGAGACCGAGACGGCGAAGCGGCUGGUGGAGCAGGGCCUGCCGCUGGAGGCCCGGGGCGCCAAGGGCCGCACGGCGCUCCUGUUCGCCGCGUGGAAGGGCGAGCUUGAGAUGACGAAGUUCCUCGCAGAGAAGGGCGCAAAGGUGGAGAACGUCGUGGACGAGUCGGGGAGGCAGGCCCUGGCCCUGGCCGCGACGCAGGGGCACGACGACGUCGUGCGGUGGCUGCUCGAAGAGCGGGGCGUGGACACGGAGGCGGCCGACCGCGGCGGCCUCACCGCGCUGAUGUGGGCCGCGAUCGAGGGGAAGGCGGGCGCCGUGCGGAUCCUGCUGGAAAAGGGGGCGAACAUGGAGCACAAGGACGCGGACGGGAUGACAGCGUUGAAGCUGGCGGCCGUCUUCGAUCGUGUAGACGUCGCUGAGAUGCUCGUUGAGAAGGGCGCACAGAAGGCGGAGGCCUCUGAGCUGGCGAUGAGAAUACACAAGAACCCAGAAAUGAUGGGCAUCUUGUCUUAGCCCCGUUUUUUUGCGUCCUGCCCCCUGC